UCACUUCCGUUCAUACCUUCUGAUUCCUUAUAUGUCCCUUCUUCUCCAUCUCCUUCCCUCUCCACUUUAACCUAAAAAGCCUCGCCUUUUUCUCUCCUUCUUAAUCUCCGGCGGUCUUUUCCGGCGCCAUCUUGCAGGAACGGGGGCGGAGGGACGGCAAGAAAUCGCCGGCUUAAAAAAAGUUGAAAAGAAUUUAAAGAAGACGACCAAGAACAAGCCCAUCUGCCUCUGCCCCUCUGCAACGCAAUAGCUUUUUUGUUCUUAUUUCCCAAUCAAUUUCUCCGUCUAAAAAGAUCAACAGCGAUUUUUUCCACAGUUUCUUUGUAAUCGGCUGUUUCUGGCCUCUGUUCCGCUCUGUUUUUUGCUUCAAUGGCGCCUAGUUUUGACCUUGCUGUUACCAAUCUUUUAUGCGCUGAAGAAAAUUGUAUUUUCGAUGAUAACGAUGAUGACGAGUGUCUGGUCGCUCCUUAUGUUCUUACGAGUAAUGGGUUUCAGAGUUGGCGUCACGGCGGCGAUGGGUUUCCGUUUACAAGCGAUGAAUGUUUGAUUGAAAUGGUGGAGAGGGAAACCCACCACUUGCCUGUUGAUGGGUAUCUCAUGAAAUUGCAAAACGGCGAGUUGGAUGUCGGGGCUAGAAAAGAUGCUGUCGAUUGGAUUGAACAGGUGAGUGCUCAUUUCAAUUUUGGUCCUCUCUGCACAUACUUAGCCGUAAACUACAUGGAUCGAUUCCUCUCCGCUUACACUCUACCAAAAGGCAAAGCUUGGACAAUGCAGCUACUGGCAGUGGCAUGUCUGUCUCUUGCAGCCAAAUUGGAGGAGACUGAAGUCCCAAUCUCGUUGGAUUUACAGGUGGGUGGAUCUAAAUUUGUGUUUGAAGCAAGAACCAUAGAAAGAAUGGAGCUUUUAGUGUUGACAACAUUGGGGUGGAGAAUGCAAGCCGUUACGCCGUUCUCGUUUAUCGAUCAUUACCUCGGCAAGAUCCAUCACGACGACAAGACAUCGAUCACCCGUUCGAUUCGUUUACUAUUGAACAUAAUUCAAGGGAUCGAGUUCUUGGAAUUCAAACCAUCCGAGAUUGCAGCAGCAGUGGCAAUAUCAGUAGCUGGAGAAGGUGAAGAGACAGCAAUUCCUCUUCUAAUUCAGCAGAAACUCCACAUGGAAAGAGUAGUGAAGUGCAUUAAGAUAGUGAAGGAGAUGUCGGGGAAGACGGAGGAGGAGGAGGAGUCGAGGUCGAUGUCGGAGGGGCCGCAGAGCCCGAGCGGGGUAUUGAACGUGAGGUGCUUAAGCUAUAAAAGCAAUGAAAGUACAGCAGUUGGGUCAUGUGCAAAUUCUUCUUCACAUCAUAACAGUUCAAAUGGUUCAAAGAGGAGGAGAUUGAACAGAGCCUGUGAAGUGGAGCUUUAGUUUAGAACAAAUAAAUAAAAGGGUGAUGGGAAGUGUGAUCUUCCAGUCCUGAAGUAAAUUUUUUGUGAGGAUUUUGAAAAACAGGAUAAUUAUAAUAUAAAAAAUAUAUAUAAAUAUAUAUGAAUUUUG